AUGGCCGACUCAGCUGGUCUUCGCACUAGGAGCGCCGCCGCCAAGGCCUCUGCCACCCCCAACGGCAAAUCCAAGGCUCCCACCGAUGCUCAGAAGCGUGCUGCCGUCCAGGACGAACACGACUUUGAGGAAAGGAAAAAUUACAAGCCCAAACACUCGUAUCUCCAUGUCGACCUCAACGAUGACCAGAUCAUGGGAGGAGGCAAGCAACAGACCAUCGUCAAGUAUUCGCCCGGUAUCGUCAUCUCGGAACAGGGCCGCGAGACCGACAAGAAGCUCGACGAGCACUCGGAUUGGGAGUUCGGCGGUCCUUGGGGUGUCACCGCCAUGAUGACGCUCUUCCCCGUGCUCAUGUACUACCUUUGGAUCUGCCUCUGGUUCUACGACGGCAAACUCGUUAUCCCCAACUCGCUUGACGACGUCUGGCCUUUCCUCCAGCGAAUGGGUGCCCACGUCCGCGACGACGCCUUCCCUACCAAGCGCGCCUUCGCCGGCUACGGAGGUCUCAUGGUCUUCCAGUUCUUCUUGGCCGUUGUCAUGCCCGGGUACUCGCAGGAAGGACUUCCCGUCCCCUCGCUCGGCUACAAGACGCUCACGUACAAGUGCAAUGCGCUCUCGUCCUUCUACGCCACCCUCGUCACCUGCGCCGUCCUCCACGUCUCGGGCCUCUACCGCCUCACCACCAUCAUUGAGCACUUCGGCGAGUACAUGACCGUUUCCAUGAUUGCUGGUUACGCUGUCUCCGCCGCCACCUAUUUCCACGCCGUGUUCACCAACACCACCCACCGCAUGUCUGGCAACUUUGCCUACGACUUUUUCAUGGGUGCUGCGCUCAACCCCCGUAUUGGAUCGGUUGAUCUCAAGAUGUGGGCUGAGGUGCGCAUCCCCUGGGUCCUCCUCUUCUUGAUUAGCGUCAGCGGUGCCUGCAAGCAGUACGAAGUCUACGGCUACGUCACUCCCAACAUGGCCUUCAUGGUCCUUGCCACGGGCCUCUACAUCAACGCCUGCGGUAAAGGCGAAGAGUGCAUCCCGCAGACCUGGGACAUGUUCCACGAAAAGUGGGGCUUCAUGGUCAUCUUCUGGAACUUCGCCGGUGUGCCCUUCACCUACUGCUACAGCAUCGUCUACAUGGCCGCCCACCCGCCUUCGUACUACAAGUUCAGCACCCCCACCUACAUCUUUAUGUUCUCGCUCCUCAUCUUUGCCCACUACGUCUUCGACUCCUCCAUGGCUCAGAAGUCGCGCUUCCGCAUGCAGCUUCAGGGCACCUACAAGUACCGUUACACCUUCCCGCAGUGGCCCUGGUCGACCCUCAAGGACCCUCGCUAUCUCCAGACCGAGCACGGAAACGCUCUCCUCAUCGACGGCUGGUGGCAGUUCCUCCGCAAGCCCAACUACACGGCCGAUUAUACUCAAAGUCUGCUGUGGGCAGCGAUCGGCGGCACGAAGACGUGCAUCGUGUACUUUUAUCCUCUCUUCUUCCUCGCCGUUCUCACUCACAGGUGUGGUAGGGACUACGAGCGCUGCAGCAGGAAGUACGGCAAGGAUUGGGACACAUACGUUCGAAUUGUGCCCUACGCAUUCAUCCCCGGGCUCGUUUGA